CUCAUCCCUAGGCUCUCCCAAGGGGAUGUUGUGUGUAGUUGUCCACAAAUGUCAAUUCAAUGAACUCCUUUUAUUUUUUGAGCAUUCUUCGGUGUAAAUAUUUGCAAAUAUGUGGCUUUAGUGUAAUGCCAUUAAAAUUUAUGAAAAUUAUAAAAAAAACCCCUCUUAAUGAAUAGUAACCAUAAAACUAUGGCUUUUAUAUAAGAACUAGAUAUGCAUGCUCGUUGCGCUUCGUGUCAAGCUAGUAGACUCAAACUAAAAAAAUGCAGGGCUAGCUCUCAUUUGAUGAAUUUGAAGAUAUAAGUAGCUAAAUAACAAUCAAGGAAACACAUUUCUCAAUAAGUUCAAGCAAAUAAUAAGCUCUCAUUUGAUGAAUUUGAAGAUAUAAGUAGCUAAAUAACCAUCAAGGAAACACAUUUCUCAAAAAGUUCAAGCAAACAAUAAAAAUUGGCCAAUAAAUAAUUAUUGAUUGAAGAAUUUGUAAACGAGCCAAGUUCAAAAUAAGAAAAACUCGAGUCGAUUCGACUCGGUUGGUGCGCUGGUUUCAAUCUAGCGAGUCGGUUGUACUCCUCGCUGCCUGACAUUUUAUUAUUGAAAGUUUGCGGAAGAGCCCAACUCUAAGCUCUUUAUUAUUCUUAUCCAUCUCCGUUCCUGUACUCAGAAGAAACCCAAACGAAAGAGAAAAUGUCCGAUGUCGCCAAUGACUCAUCGCCACCCUUCAAACCCUACGCCCUAACCCAAACCUUGACCGGCCACAAACGCCCUCUCUCCGCCGUCAAAUUCUCCUCCGACGGCCGCCUCCUCGUCUCCUCCUCCGCCGACAAAACCCUCCGCACCUACUCCCUCUCCCCAUCAAACCCUCCUUCGUCCCCUCUCACCCACGUCCACGACUUCCACGGCCACCAGCAGGGCGUCUCCGAUGUCGCCUUCUCCGCCGACUCCCGCUUCCUCGUCUCCGCCUCCGAUGACAAAACCCUCCGCCUCUGGGACGUCACCACGGGAUCCUCCAUCAAGUCCUUCACCGGCCACACCAAUUACGUCUUCUGCGCCAAUUUCAACCCUCAGAGUAACAUGAUCGUCUCUGGCUCCUUUGAUGAGACCGUCAGGAUUUGGGACGUCAAGAGCGGCAAGUGCCUGAAGGUUCUCCCUGCACACUCCGAUCCCGUCACCUCCGUCGAUUUCAACCGGGACGGGUCCCUCAUCGUUUCUAGUAGCUACGAUGGGUUGUGCCGGAUUUGGGAUUCCGGGACUGGGCAUUGUCUGAAGACUCUGAUUGACGAUGAGAACCCUCCCGUUUCGUUUGUUAGGUUUUCUCCCAACGGCAAGUUCAUUCUCGUUGGAACCCUUGAUAAUACUUUGAGGCUAUGGAACUUUUCAACUGGGAAGUUCCUGAAAACAUACACAGGCCACACAAACUCCAAGUUCUGCAUUUCAUCAGCAUUCUCAAUAACAAAUGGGAAGUACAUUGUUGGCGGCUCUGAAGACAAUUGUGUAUACCUGUGGGAACUCCAGACCCGGAAAAUAAUGCAGAAGUUGGAAGGGCAUACUGACACUGUGAUAUCCGUAGCAUGUCAUCCGACGCAGAAUAUGAUCGCAUCUGGUGCACUUGGCAACGACAAAACUGUGAAGAUUUGGACCCAGGAAAAGGAUCAAUAGUUGAUCCUUCACUCUUGGGAUUUUGCUUGCUCUCACCAGGAAUAAGCGUUGACUGUUGGUUGUGGAUAUUCAAGGUUCUGUUAACUGUGCAUGCCACUUUGGCAGCGUGCAGGUUCUGAACUUGAAACUUCACUUGGUUUCAACCACUGUAUUCUCAAGAGGUUUUUGGUGGACCGAGAUUGUAGCUAGAAAUGCUAUGUUUAUUGUAAUGAAAGCAGCACUAGUUAAGCCUUGUGCCUUUUGGAGGUGUUUCUCUUUGCAGCGUUGGCCUUUGGUAAACUAACCUAAAUAUGCUGUUCUGCCGUGGCUAGGACUGGAGAAUUACUUUUCCAGUAGAGUUGACAAACAGAAAAUUACUUUGUGCAAGCACAAGAAGGGAGGACGACACAGAAAAGAAACUUAAGAACAGAUGUGGGCGGUAACUGCAGAUUUGUGCAUGGUUUCCAUUAGUCUGUUUAAACCUUUUACUUGGGAGCAAAAUUUUCAGGCAACUCACUCUCAGUCUCACCCGGAAAUUAUAGGUGGAUGUGGCUCAUGAAAAGCCGCCUAAAUGCACCAUUGAGUACCCUUUGCGGGAGCUGUUUAGGGUUUGACAGGGGAUUUUCUAGAGGCUUAUCAUAGAAAAUGACUCUUUUGAUUACUAAGGAAUUUCAAAAUAGAUUCAGAAUAAAAAUAGAACAAAAAAAUAAAUUAUUUUUUUAUAAAUUUUUUAAAAUCCAGGAUCGUGUGGUUGAGGAAUUAACGGAGCAAUGUGACCCAGUUGACUCUUUUGAGAUAAUUGGUCCAAAUUGACCCAUUUGGCUAAAAUUUGGAUGAAACAAUUUGGCCUGAGAAAUUUGGAAUCAACUCAUUUUGGGACAAUUAUAAUUAUCUGAGGUCAGGUAAUUCAAUUGAUCCGUUUUAAAUGACUCGUUUUAUAUAAUGAGACAAGUGACCAAAUUGUUUCAUUGUCCAAUUGAUCCGUCCAAAUGAUGCCCAUAAAAUUUCACUUUCCAUCUCUCCACUAGUCUUGAAACUAGAGGUCUCAGGUUGGAAUCUGUAAAAAAAUACCUAUAACAACAACGAGUAAAUCUAUAUAAUUUUCAAUGUUGGUCUAGUCAAUAAAUAUCUUUAAGAUUGAAGAUGAAGACCAUGACAUCUAAUUUAGCGUGCGGCUCCCGGGAGGCGAAUGGAGGGAACUUCUUCUAGCUUUCUUCAGCCACAAACUUGCAGGUUCAUUUCAGUUAGCCCAAUUUGUUCUUCUUCUCUGGCGCUGUCGAUUUUUUUUCUGCGACCUUGAAGAAAGAGUGAAAGGGAGACAUAGUUUUGGUUCUCUCUGCAGGAGAAAUUUGCUACGGAGUCUAAGAUCUCAUCCUCUACCCUAGUUGCGAAAUCCAUAGAUCUAUUUCUUCCCCUCCUCAUGAGUCGGAUAUGGCCGUUCAAGAACAACUCGUGAACCAAGCUAAUGGAUUUAGUUUGACACUACAUGGUAGAUCCGAAUCUCGAUGAUAAUCUUGUACGUAGAUGUGCCUUAGGGGAUCUACACAACGAAAAAUCGAACCACUAUGCUACUUCUACUCAUAUGAAAAACACAAAGAUAACUGAAAUUAACGAUAACUUGAAAA